CGCAGAGCUUUUCAACUGCUCGGAAAAGUGACACAAGCACGCAGAGCUCAACUCUUUACAGACCGACAAACUUUCACUGCCGAAGUACGAGCGCUACACCGCUGCUGCCUCUCGGUACUCCCUAUCCCAACGCGAGUGAGCGAGACCCGAGACGGUCUGCUAUGAGAAAAUGUCCGUGAAUGAAGUAUACGUGUUCCGGCCGUUCAAACUGAUCGCUCUUCUCUGCGUGUUUCUCGCACUUUGCCUGGACAUUGUCGCGCUACUGAGCCCCGCGUGGGUGACGGCGGAUGGCUACGCGCUGUCGCUAUGGGAGUCAUGCAGGGAGAUCGAGACCGACUGGAGCUGCAUCUCCACCCUCAAGUCUGACUGGCAGAUAGCGACGCUGAUAUUGUUAUUAGCCGGGGCAUCUGUGACAUUAGUGGCAUUUCUAAUCGCGCUGAUCUCUUUGUGUAAAGGCACACACAGGAAGCACUAUCGUAUGGUUGCAGUGUUCCUCUUCUCAGCAGGAAGAAAACAGAUGUAUCUGAAAGGUCAGAAUUUCCAACUUCUUACUUGGAAGAGUGCUGUGAAUGCCAACUUGACUUCUAACUUGGAAACUUGGAAGACUUUGCCAAGAUGCAGAUGUAUGAUGUCACAUGAACAUGGAACAGCCAGGGAGAUGUGCACAGUUCAAAUAAAAAUGUACUUUUAAGCACAUAAAAUGCAUCAUAAAGUCAACAUUUCCACAUUACUUCAUAAUAAAACCAGUUCAGCUAAGACUGCUGCGUUUUGAUUUGCCUCAUUUCUGCUGUUUAUCUUUCAUGACUGUUCAGCACUUUGUGUCCUUUACUUUAUUCACUCCACCCACACACUAACACACACUCAUUAACUUGCUACAUGCCUAAAUUACUUUCUUACAAAAGUAUAUCUGCUAUACAGUAGCUAAAAUGCACACACACAACUAUGCACAAACCAACUUUCCACCAGUGUUUGUCUCUGUAAAUGAGACUAUAAUGAGCGCAUUCUGUAUGCAUUGGGUGGUGACAUACAUAGAUACUUUAUAAAGCAGUGUGCUAACACUUUACGGUAAGGUUCCAUUUGUUGUUAUCAUGGAGUACCAUGAAAAGAAACUUAUAAAGCAUCUAAUUUAAUGAUAAUUUCAACAACCAUUAUCAUCAAAAGUUGUAUCUGUUAAUAUUAACUAACAUUAACAAAGAUUAAUAAAUGCUGUAGCGAAUAUUUGCUCAUUUAUGCAGCUAAUGGGACCUUAUUGUAAAGUGUUACCGUGUGCUUUUCUGAAUCCGAACGGGUUAGUUUCAGUUAUAUCUGACCCAGACAAACGUAAUGACACUCGUGUAAUUAAAUAUUUAUUGCUAUACUUCCGUCCUAUUUAUAGGCUAUCUGUGAACUCUACUGGUGUGUUGUCAGCAGUGUAGAAAGCACACCUGAUGAAUUGAGCUGAAUCUGGUCAGCCUAACAUCUUUUCACAGAAUUUAUUUUAGUCGGUGGUGUGCAAUAACUGGUGCGUAGUUUCCUCUUUAUCCAUUGUGUAAUCUCCCUUAAGAUGACAUGUGAAGUCAUUUCACAAGGCACUGUUAUUGAAUGAAACAUAUCCCAGAACAUUUUGGUCAGAACAUUUUAGUCACAAACCAUAUCCCUUCCCUUUUUGGAAAAACAGGAUGCGAAUGAAAGCAUGUAUAUUUCUGGAGGAACGGCAUUACACAUAGAGGAAUGUGUCCCAUAACAGUUUCGGCAUUCCAUGCAUUUGGUAGGGGAAGUGAAGUUGGGCUUUAAUAUCCUGUUCUGAAAGAAAAUGUGAGGUAAAUAUUCUCAAAAGCAUGAUAUUGAUCUCUCUGUUCUUUUUCCUGUGGUACUGCGUCAGUGAGUGGGAAUGAUGUCCAUUUAGAUAACUGACAUCCAUGACUGUUCUCAACAGGUCUUUUUUAAUUUCACCCUUGUUAUGACUGGGUUAUGUCCAUGUGAUUUAAACAUUAAUCUAAGUACCAUAGAUUAAUAAGUUUUUUAUUUAAUUUGGGACACUAGAAUAAGUCUUUCCAAUCUUACUCAUUUUUGUUUGCAAUCCAUCUUCCCAACCUAGAAAUGAUUUUACUUUCCCUUAACAGCUUUUCAAAUUAUUUAAUUAUUAUGUGACAGUUAUUCAAUGGUGUGUAUUAAUUACAAUCUCAUUUAUGUACUAGCUGUCUCCAACAAAACGUGAACUUUACAAAUAAAUCCAGCAGCUAGUUCUUCGUUCUGAGUUGUGCUGCCUAUGGACUUAUUAAAAACCUGUGCACCCUGACUCCUGGUAAUAUUAUAGAGCCAGCCAGUUAGACUGGAAGUUGAAUUUAUAUGUGCAGUAUGUAUCAGACAAUCCAUAAAUUAUCUGUGGUGUGAAGUCUUGAGACCAAGUCCUUGAGAAUAGGAUUGUUGCAGUUUUUUGGAUUGGAAUGUUGGAAUGUCCACCCAACCCCUUCAAAGAAUGUAAAUGUAAUUUUUUAUUAGGGUGAUGCUGAAAGAAACAUGAACACCAUGUAUUUUUGUUACAUUACUGUCUCCGUCCUAUAUGCAGUAAUAUGAAGUGAGCCAAUUGCAGAUUGAUUUUCUGAGUUUCUGUGGUUCUUUCAAGACAUUGAUCUGGGGUGCAUUUUCUGUACAACAACAUAGCUCACUGUUUAACCCUUUCACGUGUAAGUUUAAAAUAUUCUAGCUCAGGGGUUCCCAAACACAUUCCUGGAGCCUCCUCAACACUGCAUGUUUUCCACGUGAAUUCCAUUUCAUUUGUGAAAUUUUCUAUAACAUCAUGUAUCAACAUAGUACAAAAUGGUAUUAAAAUUAUGUGUAGAAGUCGAUGCUUUGAGAAAGAAUGUCCAGAAAAAUUAAUUUCAUUGAUGUUGUAACAUUUCGGAGUAACCAAUAUAAAAGGAACAUUUUGGA